AGAAGCAGCACUGAAGCAGGCUACACAGUAGGAGCCAAUCUAUUCUGUGCAGUGAUUGCCCACGAAAUACUGACGGUUUCACUGGGCCUCCAUGGAAGAACUGUAUUGUGGUAGGUGGUCCUAAGUCCCUCCUUCACAAGGCUGUUGCGAAGUUCGAUGAGACAGUCAUGUAAAGCAUUAUAAAGGAUAUCCAUGGGGAGCAAUGGAAAAACUCAAGUCUGGUCCAGCUAUUCCCAGAAUAACAUAUUCCUGGAGGACACUGUGCUAAAUCUGGCCAUAAGAGUAGGGCAUUAAAAAUAAGGGACAUUGUGUCCAGCUCAUGAAUGGUCCUAGAGGGAGGCAUGGUGGGCAGUCAACAGAGCCCAACUGAGAAAGCUGUUUUAAUGUGCUCAUUAGCAGGAGUGGCUUGUCUGGGGCAGCAGAGCCACAGCAAUAGCCUCGCAGCAGCAGCAGCACUGUUACUUCCUAGGGGGGGUGAGAAAGUGAUGAGCUUGGAGCUACAUGCCUUCUCCUCUUCCAGCAAAUAGCAGUGGCAUUGCUGCCAGGAGGCUGUUGCUGUGGCUCUACCCCACCGGGUGGAGUCGCUGUUGGUGAGAAGUAAUAAUAAAUUGAUAAUAAAUUUUAUUUAUACCCCGCCCUCCCCGGCCAGAGCCGGGCUCAGGGUGGCUAACACCAGUAAAAUUACAAUAAAAACAUAAGGGGGGGGGGCAAUUUAAAAUACAGGUUAAAAUACAAUUUAAAAUGCAGCCUCAUUUUAAAAGUAGGCCAUAGAUCAAAACCAUAAGGGGAGGGAAACAUAAGGGUCAGACUGAGUCCAAACCAAAGGCCAGGCGGAACAGCUCUGUCUUGCAGGCCCUGUGGAAAGAUGUCAAGUCCCGCAGGGCCCUAGUCUCUUGUGACAGAGUGUUCCACCAAAUCGGGGCCAGUACUGAAAAGGCCCUGGCCCUAGUUGAGAACAACCUAACCAGAGUGUUAAGCACUGUCAGGGACAUCUGCUGCCCAGGAAUGGCUGCAGCUGCCAGAGCAACUGAAGCUGGUGAAAGGCACCCUUUUAAACCAACCAUAGAUGAUGAAAACUGUUAAGUUGUGGGUGAACAUAUCAGAUGACACAGCAAUUCUUCAAACAGCUCUUGUUUAUUCACAGGCCAGAACUGAACUGAACUGAAGGGUUCAGCCAGCCUGUUUAUAUAGAGCUCCACUAGAACGCAAAAGUAACAAUUUUCUGUAACUAUCCAAUCACUGAACGUCACUUUCGAUCCCUUAUUUGCAUAUGUGGACCUGAGUGAAAACUAUCCACAGUAUCCCCCUGCUGGCCCAGGGUGAGAACCUCAGUACAUAACAAAAACGUUUAAACCAUAAAAACUUUUAAGUAGCCAACCAUAGACUUCACCAAAGGCAAGUAGAAAUAAACCAGUGUGGCCCAAAUAAGCAGCCUUGUGAAACCAGAGGAGGAAGAGGCACUUGUCACCUCAAUAAGAAGAAUUCAGUAGUACAGCUUUGGGCCUGUGAUAGCAAAGGUCCUACUCCUUGCUGGAUAGCUCAGUUGGUAGAGCAUGAGACUCUUAAUCCCAGGGUUGUGGGAUUGGCUACAUUGGGUGAAAGAGUCCUGCAUUGCAGGGGGUUGGACUGGAUGACCCUCGUGGCCCCUUCCAACUCUGCAAUUCUAUUAUUCUAUUAUUCUGCCAUACUAUUAUCCGGAUGCAAUAUGGUGCAGGGCCUGAUUUCCUGACCACAACAGGCACAUGGGCUGCCAAAGAGAUAGGCAGUUCCUUGAAUAUGUGGGUCGCAGAAUACGUAGGUCUUCUCCCUACUUGGGGAGAAAGGAUUUCCUUCUCAUCAUGACUGCUUUUAUCAAGUAAAAGUCUGGCUCAUUCUGCACCUUCACAGCUCAUUUGACUCUCAUGAACAGCCAUAGCGAUAAUGAGUCACCUCCUCCCAGCUCAUCUUUAUGACAGUGAUGGCAACUCUUGAUUUAAGUAUGUGAGCUCAGGGACCAUCAGAGGCCACCUGGGCUUUGCUCCCAUUUCCCAGUGCUGGAACUGAGCCAAACAGGAAGGUUAAAAUAAAAGCAAGUAAAAUUAAAAAGUGUGUACAGUAUAUGCUUUGCCCCUAGUAGAAAGGGUGCCAUAUAAAACAGCAAGUUAUUGUCUUAUGUGGCUUUAGAUGCUGGGCCAGUGAAGGAGAUAGUGAAGGCUUCUCUAUAUAUAAACAUCAACCCAGUUUUUUUCUCUUAAAAAAUACUGUAUGUUGUUUGACUUUUAUACAAUGUAUGCUUCUUAAACUCCACAGAUAUACAGUGGUACCUCGGAGGUUCCGGAGGUCCGUUCUUAACCUGAAACUGUUCUUAACCUGAAGCACCACUAUAGCUAAUGGGGCCUCCUGCUGCUGCCGUGCUGCCAGAGUACUAUUUCUGUUCUCAUCCUGAAGCAAAGUUCUUAACCCGAGGUAAUAUUUCUGGGUUAGCGGAGUCUGUAACCUGAAGCGUAUGUAACCCAAGGUACCACUGUACAGCUGUUAUGUGCCACAAGUAGCCCAGACUCCCAUUCACAACAAGCUUGCUCAUGUGUUGCAAUGAAAAUAGGUACUACACACAUUCACACGCUUGUGUGAAUGUACACCUGUACAUCUGCAUAAAACUAUUUGUGUACAUAGGUUCACAGAUCAUAUACUAAUCAAAUUGAGAUCAUUGAACGAAAAUGUGUGAUAGAAAUAUAAUUCAACAACACUGAAUGUAACAUGUGACAAUCCCUAGGAUAUAAUGUGAAAGUAUUGCUAUACAGUGGUGCCUUGGGUUACAUACACUUCAGGUUACAUACGCUUCAGGUUACAGACGCCGCUAACCCAGAAAUAGUGCUUCAGGUUAAGAACUUUGCUUCAGGAUAAGAACAGAAAUCUUGCUCCGGCGGUGCGGCAGCAGCAGGAGGCCCCAUUAGCUAAAGUGGUGCUUCAGGUUAAGAACAGUUUCAGGUUAAGAACAGACCUCCGGAAUGAAUUAAGUACUUAACCCGAGGUACCACUGUAGCUGCAUUUCAUUUAAUUGCACAUUGUAUGAAAAUUGAAUGCAUGGUUCCUAAUGUAGCCAUGUAAUCUGCAUGCAGACUGAUUCUGCUUCCAGGUCUCCUUCAUUGGCAAUGUACUGGUAGCAGGAUAUGAUUGUAUAUUAAUAUUUGGAGUUGUUUGAUAAUUAGUCUCAUGGGAAGCAUAAAAUAAGCGCAGCUGAUUCAUCUCGCAAUGUGUUGCAUUCUCUGUACUGUUGCUUAUUUAAAUCUCACUCUCCACCCCCACCCCGUUUCUAAGGGCCAACUGCUUCUCAAGAAAGGCUGAACUCUCACAACGCCAGGAGAACAAGACUUUGCAGAGUUGAAAGAACUUGAAGUUUAUAUUCUCCAACUCCUUAUGUAUUAAGGCCACACUCUUCUAAAUCUGGCAUCGCACUAGAUUAGCCUAUUUCAUCCACAAGCAGGAUCAAGAAUAAGUAUUUUUUUUUUUAUUAAAAAGGUGCACCAUGCCAGAUGCAUAUUAAGGAUAAAUGAGUCCAUUCAGCAGAACAUAGAUAGUUGGCUCAAGCAAGCAAGCAAGCAAGGAAUCAAGCUGAGAUGAGGUGAAAAUUGCCUAUGCUCAGUUAGAUGCAGGGUAAUUUCUUAAUUUUAAAUUGCAGGGGCAGGGGAUUUACUAAUCUUAGACCCCAAGACCAAGAUUACUCUAUCCAAUAGCCAUUUGUAGCCUCUCCAGAUUUGAUAGAAAACUUUUAGGCAACAAUUCUAUGCCUAUGUAAAUUGGGAAUAGCCCCCACUGAACUCAGUGGGACAUCUUUCCAGGUAAACAUGGAUUUGGUAGCAAGCAGACUACUCCUGAAGCAUCAGAUUAAAAACAGGGUUUCAGCUGCUGUUCAGCACCUAAAACUAGGGAAGUUCCUAGCAAAGUUGUAGAAAACAAAACAAAACCAAUCUUGGGAUCUUCAUAUCUCUGGAUUCUAUCAUGAAGACCAACCAAGACUGGUUGGUGGUGGUGGGCCUCUAAGCACCAUGUUCCAUUGAGAAAGAGCAUGUAGGUAUGUUGCUCCCUAGCUUUGCAAUUCUGUUCCAGGGAUACGAGGGUUUCUAUACACAUUCUGUACUGUUCAUGGUUUUUGCUAAGAAGAACAAUCCUCUGCACCAUGGCAGCCCACAAGAUAGGGAGUUAUGCUUAUAUGGCUCUACCAUGUGCACUGGUCUAAAUUAGAGAACAUUCAAAUGAGAUCUUUUAGAAGCUGAUUUAUUUAUUUUUUUGCACCUCUAGUGUUAAUGGUUGGGGUGUUGUUGCUUUUUCUCAUAAAAUUAUAGUCAUAUGAGAUGAUUCUAAACCAGGGGUGAAUUGGAUCUGACUGACAGGCCAGAUCCUGGGUUCCCCGAUUUCUUGACAUGCUGCCUGCCCCCCUCUGAACCAUCAGUCAAGUGAUCCAUGAAAUCAGGUGAUCCAUUUUUCCUUUGUAGCAUGAGAAGUUGUGCUACAAAGGAAAAUCCAAGCCACUCCAAUUCAACCUCCACUUUGGACAGUGACUAGUUGUGCUACCAGGUUCCCCCAAGAAGAAUUCAGUAGUACAGCUGAUUCAGCAAGCUUGAAACCACCCUUUUCUUAUUUAUUUAACUUCCUUAAAGUUAAAAAGUUGUCCAAAACUGCCAUGUGCUUGCAAAAUAGGCCUGGAAAGUUUUUCUCCCUCUCAUACAGUGCCAGAUUACCAAAUAGGCAGAGCAGGCAGCGGCCUAUGGGCCCCAUGCCUUUUAGGAGCCUGCAACAAUGGAUCAAAAUAAUAUUGAUUUGAUCUUGGAAGUAAAUUACAGUGGUACCUCGCAAGACGAAUGCCUUGCAAGACGGAAAACUCGCAAAACGAAAGGGGUUUUGGUUUUUUGAGUUGCUUCGCAAGACGAUUUUCCCUAUGGGCUUGCUUCUUUUUUCUUAAAACCGUUAAUACAGUUGCGACUUGACUUCGAGGAGCAACUCAUAGCACGUGGUGUGGUAGCCUUUUUUGAGGUUUUUGAAGACUUUGGUGAUUUUUGAAGCUUUUCCAAAGCUUUUCCGACACCGUGCUUCGCAAGACGAAAAAAACCACAAGACGAAAAAACUCGCGGAACGAAUUAAUUUCAUCUUGCGAGGCACCACUGUACCAUCAAGCUUCCUUAGUUCAAUGUUAUCCCACUAGAGCGUGCACACAAGGCGCCCCACCCCACCCCAAGAUUUUGACUGCUUAGGGGCCUCCGCAGGGUUUAAUCCAGCACUGCUCUUAUAAUAGUAGGACCUGGGGCUGUCUAAUGAAAUUGAAUGUUGAAAGGUUCAGGACAGGCAAGAGAAAGAACUUCAUAUAAUUAAACGAUGGAAUUUCCUUCCACAGGAUUUAAUGAUGGCUUUUGCCACCCUGGACUCCUGUGGGUGGAAGGGUGGGGUAGAAAUUUAAUUAAUGAAGGAAAUUAAAAUAAAUAAAAUAAAGAGGAUUAGAUAGUCCAUGGAGGAUAAAGCUAUCAAAUAUCAGACUAUCAAUUCAUGGAGGAUAAGGCAACUACUCUUGAUGGCUGCAUUCUACCUCCAAAGUCAGAGGCCAUCUGCCUCCUAAUGCCAGUCACUGGGACUCCUAAGUGGGGAGAUCCAUGUCCUCUUUGAUAAUUUUACUGGGUUUUGGCAUUAUUUCAUUUUCUUCAUAAUUGUCAGGUCUCUAUAGACCAGCUUCUUUUGGGAGGAAAAGUGGGGUACAAACAUAAAGACGGACAUGAAAUAAACAUAGGCAAAUGAGAUUAACUAUCUUCAGAUGAUUAUGCCAUGACUGGCAUGGGGAUCCUGUGGCUCCCAAGAUGAAUCAUAUGGCACAUAGAUUGGUUAAUAAUGCCCUCACCCCUUACAACACACACACACACACACACACACACACACACACACACCCCCUUCCCUCCAUGUGCAGAGUGCAGCAAGCCUUGCCUGGAUAGAUACAGUUUGCAGUAUUCAUUAUUGGGCUUCACUGCCUUCAUAAGAGAACAAGGGAGGCAUUCAUGGUGAGUUCUGACACCUCUUUCUAGAAAAAUAGCACUCAUUACUGUAUAGGGCUGGACACAGGUGGCACUGUGGGUUAAACCACAGAGCCUAGGACUUGCUGAUCAGAAGGUCGGCGGUUUGAAUCCCCGCGACGGGGUGAGCUCCCGUUGCUCGGUCCCUGCUCCUGCCAACCUAGCAGUUCGAAAGCACGUCAAAGUGCAAGUAGAUAAAUAGGUACCGCUCCAGUGGGAAGGUAAAUGGUGUUUCUGUGCACUGCUCUGAUUCGCCAGAAGUGGCUUAGUCAUGCUGGCCACAUGACCCGGAAGCUGUACGCCGGCUCCCUCGGCCAAUAAAGCGAGAUGAGCGCCGCAACCCCAGAGUCGGCCACGACUGGACCUAACGGUCAGGGGUCCCUUUACUUUACUGUAUAGGGCAGUUUUUAAUGUUUGAUGAUUUAUUAUGUUUUUAUAUCUGCUGGCAGCUGCCCAGAGUGGCUGGGUACAAAAUAAAAUUAUUAUUAUUAUUAUUAUUAUUAUUAUUAUUAUUAUUAUUAUUUAUUACUGUGGUCAUUGUGAGAAUAAAAGGCUGGGCUUUGGACUGAGCCAGCAGAGCUCUUCCUAUGGUAAAGACAAUUGUCGUUUGCCAAACUGUGAUGCUUGAACCAGUAAGAAAAACUGGACCAGACAAAAUUUCUUAUUUAAAGUCAUUCUUAAAAGAUCCCUCUGCUUCGGAGCAUUGGAUGCCCAUCCUUUUAGCAUAUAAUUUAAAUCAAUUGUUUUAAAGCAAUAAAAGAAAAACAACCUAUGAGCUUUUGUGGGUAAGGACAGGUUAAAAAUGGAAAUAAUUGGGCCCGUGGGUGUGGGUGUGUGAUGGCAGCAGAUGGAACACUGAGCUAUCUGGAAGGAGGAUAGCUGAAAAUGACAAAAUUGCAUGCAAUCCUACCUCCCUCACCUCCCACUUUCAACAAGUUUCCAAUGGACUCUUUGUCCGAACAAGAGCGGUUCAAGGUUUACGCAGAACAUUUAACCUGUUUGGGAAUGUUAAGCUGGUUAACUCACAGCUAAUGUGACUCAAGGUAGUCACUUGGUGUGGAUUAAAGAUUUAGAACAAUCACCACUCCUGUUACAAGGCUGGCAUACAAAGGGCCAUUUAUGACAACAAGGACAACAAUCUCUGUUUAUUACUGCCAGGCUGACAUGCUGAAAGCCCCACUCCUGCAUGCCAGCACAAAAAGCUUUGUUGCUUGUAGAUUGUUUGUUUAUGUAAAUUGACAUGGUGCAUUUUAUUAUGCAACGGGGAAAGGCUCUAAGUGACAAGAAAAGUGCUGAUUGGACAAGCCUCUUGGAAAGGGACCUCUGACAAAGCCAAGGCAAAUCCUGACAUUAUUCCCUGCUUGGCUGCAACAACUUCAGGAGAACGGAAAGCUUGUUGACUCUUCAAUAUAUCUAUCUAUUUGGUGGGGGAGGGAUAGUUGUGGAUGGUUUGAUUUCUGCAGCGAUUCUGGGAUACCAGAUCAUCUCUGGACACAUAUCCGCAAGGAACCUCUUGGAUACUGCAGGAAUCAUGACAGAAGAUGUCCAGGUUCCAACCAGCAUGUCAGAAUAUAAUCGCAACGUGCCCUCUGAAAAACCUCAGCUCCAGGUCAUUGAUAUUAUUGAUCAAAUUGCAAAUUCUGUCGAGAUAUUUCCUUACGAAACCGCAGAGCCUAUUCCCAGUUCCCCACUUGCACAAGGAAACCGAGGGGGAGGCAAACAUUUAGCAAAGAGCACACCAUACGAAGUUUCAGUUGGGAUAAAGGAACUUCAAGGUAAAAAACCAGCUUAUGCAUCCCCCCCCUUUUUUGAUCUUGGGAAUGAUGUGAGAUGCUUUAUUAUAUUGAGAUCUUUUUAUUUUUCAUGAAAUGUGAGAAAUAUAAGUGUUUUAAAUGUUUUUCUUAAAGCGUUCUUUUUAUUUCUGUCUGUAAGAUUAGAAAUCCUUUGUGUUGAAUGAAUAACAGUGACUGACACUUUCUGAAAUUUUCUCUGACCCUCAAAAAAAGAAAAGAAAAAGAAAAAAGAUCUGUCCCAUUAUUGAUAUGGAUAUACAUUUUUUUAAAAAGCAAAUGUGGAUCUAGUUCUAAACACAAUCUAGCCAAAGUUAAGUGCUUUUAAUUCUCCUUAAUGGGAGAGAUGUGAAAUGAAUGAGAAUUAAAAGCAAGAGAGAUUUAAGCAUGUGCUACAUUCUCUCUUUGAAAUCGAUGCAGUUUCAAGCAGCUUAACUUUGGCUGGAUUGUGUGCAACUUUCACUGAUUUUCUAAUUUUAAUUGAGUUUUAAUUUCUAUCAAUUUAAUUUGCUUCUAAGUGUUUGCUGUACCUCCCAAAAAAGAAAAAUGGAGGGGAAGGCAUUACAUUCCAUUUCACUGGAAGUUGGUCCAUUGAUUGCUGUGGCACAUAUUUUCUGCUGCAAGUGGCUCUAGAUCAAAAUCUAAUGGGAAAAGAUCACUCCAGGCAGAAAGGUUUAAGCUGCACUAUAUGGCUGAAGAGAUUAGUAAUUGCCGCUGUAAUCACUAAACACUUUGUAGGAGAUGUCAAUUUUACACUGUCUUCUAUCUUCUAAAGGAGAGCCAGAGGGAAACAAGGAGAGAGAAAGUGACAUCUUUUCCCAGGAGACAAGAAGCUGGGAAGAAGAAUCCAGAGAAGGUGAGGAGUAGAGCUGCCUUACUUUUUUAAAAAGUAGGAAGAAAGCCACAGAUUUUGUUAACGGUCUAACCAAGAUCCAAUUUAAUUUAAUGAGGCACUUAAGCACAUGCACAAGUCUCUCUCACGGAAAUCAGUUGAGGCUAAUUUAGUCUAGGUAUAAGAGCUCAACUCAAUAUGAGUUUAUAUUCAAACUGGUGGCUAUUUAUUCAGGGUCGACAGCCAACUUUGCAUACAGGAUUAAAUCCCAGUGAAGGAUGUCAGUGAUACGUGCAGGUACGAGAUGCAUGGAUGAAAGACUACAGCUAAAUUUGUGCCCCACAGCAGGGGUAAUUUGUCUCUCCCUCCCCCCCCCCAUUUAUUCAUUCUUGCUCACAAAUAUUAUGCACCUGCUCUCUUUAUCUACCCAUCUCUCUAAAAUCAUGGUUUGGACUGCAAUAAUAGACUCCAUUAGGAAAGGCAAAGUAAUUAGGACCAAGUUAGAUCAUACUCCUAUGUACAUUUACUUAUAUGCGAGUCCCAUUGUGCUUCGGAUUUCAGUCUAGGUGAAAUAGGAUAGUAAUUUUACAGCUGUCUUGGCUUCAGAAAGGUGUCGGUGGUAUAAUCUACACAUUUAUCAGAAGUGACCUUGUCAGUCUUAAAACCUCAGUAUUUUGGAGAGCUCAGCUCAUGAAGAAUGGCUUUUCCCGCCAACACAUAUCCGCAUUCACGCUGCAUUGUACAAGCACACAAUAAAACCUAUUAAGUAAAAUUUGACACCUUCCCCUCCCCAACUCCCAUGCACAAGCACUUUAUCUCUAAAUUGCAGACAGCAUUUUUACUACCUAUCCAAUUCAACCUAAUUAAUACUUAAGACACCACAGGCAGAAGUUGAAUGGAGAAUUUUGUCACAACAUUAAAGCACCAAUUAAGCCAGAGAGGAGUCGAAUGCGACAAGUGUGCAACGCCCGUAUAAAUGAUCAUGUAGCCUGCCUAUCUUCGGGUAAUGCAAAGAGACUAUAUGCAAUGUGGCGCUUGGUCAAUCCAUAUGGCUACUUGCUUAGCUGUGUAGCCAUGCACACAACUCGGGGCACUUGUUGCACAAUAAAGAAUACUACACAAUGAUAGAUGGGUUAGUCUCUUCAAGGCAGCCCAUAGUGAGACUCAGGUCUCACAAACAUGUCUUUAAAAGAGGGUUAGACCAAUUCAUGGAGAGUGGUGCCGUCAAUGGCUACUAGGGUUGUGAGCUGCCCAGUCCAGCAGGACUUUUCUUAUGUUUAGGUCAGAACCUUUAAAGGAGCAGCCAGCAAACUGGCAGAGAAGGCAGGACCGUGAGCAGGGCAUGACAUGUCCUUUUUUGGGGGCGUAAAAAUGGCAUCAGGGGGAAUUUUGGUGAAUCAAGGAAAACCGGGAUAUAUGGCAACACGAUGGAAAUAGCAGUGGAAGCAGCUCUAAAUUUUGCUCAACAACUUUGCGGAUGUCUGGAUUUUUUUUAUUUAAAAAUAUAUGGCAAUCUGAGAUAGCCGUUUUUAACUUUUAGAUUUUGUUUAAUUAAAAAAAAAAUAUUAUUGUUUCCUGCUCUGCGCCCCUUUGGGAGUAAGGGUAGGAUAAAUAAAUAAAAAUAUUCUGUUGCAACGGCUGGAAAUAAGAUUUGACUACUAGACCAGUCAGCUUGUUAUAGUUUUGUUGCUGAGCAACAAUGUGCAGAACUCAGUGGAGUGGGACUACAAAUAAGAUUUGACUACUAGACCAGUCAGCUUGUUAUAGUUUUGUUGCUGAGCAACAAUGUGCAGAACUCAAUGGAGUGGGAAGCCAAAAGUCUGAGAUGUACUUACCUGGAGACAGAGACAGCAUUUGAAGUCUGGUCUAGUCCUAGGGUCGGGUGAACAGCAAUCUUAUAUGAUCAGACAGUCCAGGAGUCAGGGAAUCCAAUGAUCAGAGGGUCCAGGGUCAAAACAACCAGGAAGCAGCAAGUUAGGGCCAAGAAUUCCAAGUGCUGUUACCAGUAUCUGACUGCUUCUGGAAGCUCUGCUUUAAGAAGCCUGAAGCCAGCUGCUUCUCAUCAGCACAUCCUCCUCUGUGUCCUUGAAGGCUGAUCAGUUGCAGGUGGAGUCAUUCCGCUUUCUCCCCCUUCAGGCUGUUGUUCAGCAGGCAAAGCUGACUCCUGGCCCAUGACAAAUCUUCUACAUGUAGAAUGGGGGAGGGUGCCAUUUUGUCCUUUGUCUCAGAAAGCAAAAUGGCUUUGGCUAGCCCUGUUAAGGGACUAUAUUGCAAUAAACAAAGUCUGAAUUGGGGAUAACCAGUAGUCUCCUAUUUAAGGUACUGUUCAGGCACAGUGAAUUAACUGUGUCCUGUUUAAACACAGCCCCACAUCCAGAUAAUGUUCUCCCUUUUCUCCCCUUAGACUAGGGGCAAAUCCCUGCAGCAGACCUGUGUUUAGGUCUCUGCUUAAGGAACCCUAUAUAUCUUCCAGUUUAAUAACCCUGUCAUAUUACAAACACUUGUGUGGAGGCUGAAUGGUCAACGUUUCAUGGACAACCCAAGUUCUGCUCUUGCUUAGUUUUUGCAGUUUCUAGAACAUUAUAGAUAGUCUCAGUCACUGAUGAUCCUUGGAUUUGUGUGGUGCCAUAGCCUGCUGUGGAGAUGAGGGAAUGUAAAAAACACAUCAAAUAAACAAAAAUCUGGAGCCUGCUGUGGCCUUAGAAAUGAUCUUUAAGGUAAUAACUUCACUUGCAGUAGAGUGUGGCACUUCCCACCUGUGGCAACUGCUAAUAAUGGAAACUGCAGCCUAGCCUCUUGCAAUAUCUUCUAACUUGCUGCGAUGAUGCAGCUGCUUUUGCAUGUGUGAAGCUGGACACAGCAGCAACUGCAGCAUGUUGCAAAGUGAGUGGCCAAAAUUUCAUGCUUACGGACAAGCAAUAUAUACUCUACAUGGUUAAAUGGUCUUCUAUGAUACAUAACCUUUAUGGCUGGUUUGAACUCACUCAUGCAAGUGGUCUGACUGCCCAUGAGCUUCUACUUAAUGAUCAAACACCAUCGCUGUCAACAAACAAGGGACGACAGGCUUCUAAACAUAUAUAUGAUGGAUUGAAUCCCAUGGAGUGUGAUGCACAUUUGGUUUCCUUUUUCUGGGGCUUUGGGCAUGGAUACCUAUCCUAUUUGCUUUUCUACACACAACUUCUAACAGAUGGUCAGUAUGGUCAGCUUGGACAGUGAUGAUGAUCACUGGUAGGGACUGAAACUGGAUUCUACAUUCCAACCAAAGUUGCAUCGUUUGGUAGGCAGGUGCAUACAGACCUGUGUGAAGGAAUUGUCUGAUUCAGGUUAUUCUCUUGAUUGUUAAUCUGAAUUCAGCUGUGAUCUUCUAGAAAAUCCCACAUGAAGUUGUUAACUAUGUGGAGGAAUUUAAACAGAGUGAGGUCCAUGCUUGUAUUGAACUGGUGUGCAUUAUCUUCUAUUUGAGGAUACUCCCUGCGCCCCUCAGUUUCCUUAGCAUAGGCACAGCUCUGUUAAGAAAGUUUAUAUUUCAGAAGGAGGCAAAUGUUUAGACAGUUCAUGCCUAUGUAUAUAAGGUACAUUUGCCAUUUACCGUUCUCUUGACUUUAGAUUCCCUGGUGGCAGUUUGUGUAACAAUUUAAGCAAGGAUAGCAAAAACCACUCUGCUCAUCUUUUAUGGACCAAUGUCUUAUAUGAGGGGAGAAAGGUCAACGAGGGCUGUAGUUAGAAACACAAAAUGGAAGUAAGAUAAUAUUUAAGCAGAACCACCAGAACCUUUGCUUUCCUGUGUUUUAGUGCACAGCGUUAAGGAUCCCAAUUCUGGCAAAGCUGGGGGGAAAAUGGUGCUCUUGCAAUAUGUGUUCACACCUAACACCAGUCUCAGAAAAGGCACACUAUUAGUGUUUGUCUGCAUUCCCAAGGUGACAUAUGAAGGCAGGAAGGGUACCUAGUCCAGGAGAUGGCAUCAUCAGUGCCUCUUUUUAUGGGAAGAGCGAGGUAAGCACCUGAGUGACUUGCGUGAUCAAGAUUCUCAUGAAGCCUGCAGAUAUAGGUAGCCUCUUUGCUUGUGAUAUUUCUAGAGAUCUGAAACAACACACCUUAGAACCCUAGAAUUGUAGAGUUGGAAGGGACCCUGAGGAUCAUCUAGUCCAACCGCCUGCAGAUGGUUCAAAAAUACUUUUUAAAAACCAGUGGGCAUGAACCAAUUGUUUAAAAUCUACUUGGAAACUCCAAUAGCUGCCUGUUUGAAUGCAACACUUGCAAAGUUCUUCUUUAUUAUAAGUUCUACAGAGAAACUAUCUGCAGAUCACAUUCCUUGUCCAUGUUGAGUUCUAUCUAAUAUGAGUAACAGUGCAAUGGUAUGUAUGGCUGCAUGCAAACCAUACACUUAAAACAUAUUUAAAUCACACAGCUUCCCCCAAUAAAUUCUGAGAGCUGUAGUUUGUAAAGGGUGCUAGGAAUUGUAGCUCUGCGAGGGCUAAAUUACAGAAUACCAGGAUGCUUUGGGGGAAAGCCAUGUUCUUUAAAAUAUAUGGUGUGUACACAGCCUAGGUCUACUCAGAAGUAACUUUUAUGGUUUUUUGGUUCAUUGGCACCUACUCCCAGGUAAGAGUGUAUAGGGCUGAAGUCUAAAAAUACCAUGAGGAGUUUCUGCCCCGACCCAUACAGCUCUUCUUCAUCCAGAGAAUAAUCUGGCAAAUUUUGCUAACAUCAUUUUUUAUGUGGCUCUCCAUGGGUUGCGACAUUCCUGCUAGUCAUACAGCUCAGCCGUGCACAUGUUUAUGUGGAUAUAGGUCCCAUUAAGUUCAGUGAGACUUGCUCCCCAACAAGUGUGCAUAGGAUUGUAUAGUCCCACAACUGAAACCACAUUGGGUACUCCUAUUAAUUUAAAUAGAUGCCUGCCCUAUUUGAAAAUUACAAGUGAAACAGGGGAUGGUACUGAGUUACCAUGUCCCUCCCAAAGUGGGUUAUGGUUCCUUCCACCUUUAAAUAUUUUCUCCAGGAGUAUCACGAAGCUGCAUGUAUGCCUAUGUUCUGGUGACUAUUUUAGGAAGGGCUUUUGAUAUCCCUUCUCACCUUGAACAUCCAUGCAGUAAGCUUGUAGAAAUGUGACCCAAUAGUUCAGGUUGAAUCAAGUUUGAUAAGAGAAGGCUUUUUUGCUUUUAUAGCUUUAUGCCUGCUAAGUGUGCGAUUUCACAAUCUUGACAACGCAUUAACACCGGUUAUUUGGAUUUUGCAUAACAAAUGUUGGCAAGUCAUUCCAUACAUUUAGAUCCACUUUAAUUACAUGUCAAAAGCCAUCAAUAUCCAGUGCCACACAGAGGGGCACAAAGUGAUGCUAUUUUAUCAGCGUGCGCACCCUCCGCAGAGCUUACAGAAGUGCACUGAACUUUUAUGACUUUGGCAAAAUACUGCAAAUCUUGAAAGACGCUACAAUAGAAGGCCUAGCAUAGUUAUCUUCAAUAUGGCAUUCCUUUAACCACAGCCAGAUGUUAGUGUUUUCUCAUUCAGACUGGACUCUUGGGUAGGGAUGGGGAACCUGUGGCCUUCCAGAUGUUUUUGGACCACAACUCCCAUCAUUCCUGACCAUUAGCCAUGUUGGCUGGGGAUGAUGGGAGUUAGAGUCCAACAACAUUGGGAUGGUCAUAGAUUCCCUGGUCUUGCUGUAGACAAUUGAAUGGGAUACUAUGUCUUUCUAUGGCUAUCCUACCAUUGAGCUAUCUAGCAAGCCACACUGCACUUCAGUGGGGUGCACACACACACACACUUUUCAAUAAUUUCAAGUACCGUAUUUUUCGCUCUAUAAGACGCACCAGACCACAAGAUGCACCUAGUUUUUGGAGAAGGAAAACAAGAAAAAAAAUAUUCUGAAUCUCAGAAGCCAGAAAAGCAAGAGGGAUCACUAUGCAGUGAAAGCAGCAAUCCCUCUUGCUGUUCUGGCUUCUGUGAUAGCUGCGCACCCUGCAUUCGCUCCAUAAGACGCACACACGUUUCCCCUUACUUUUUAGGAGGGAAAAAGUGAGUCUUAUAGAGCAAAAAACACGGUAGUUGGAAACAAGAGGUAGAAAUGACCGUCACCUAUAUGCUGAUGUUGCUAUGACUCAAACCUCUAGAUGAUUUUUCCCAGCAGGCACCCCAUAGCCUACUGGCCAGAGGGUGGAAAAUAAGCUUCUCAGUACCACCUUCUGAGGCCGAUUCUCCAGGAAGGACUGAAGCCACUGUAACACUACUAGGCCCAACCAAGAGUUGGAUAGUCUGCUGCUUAUUCAGUAUGUUUGCCCAGUUAGAUAUCAGGAUAGAGUGACCAUGUGUCCUACUUACAGAGGACAGUCCUGGGUUUGAAGGGCUGCAUGAUUUAAAUCUCGUUUCAAGGUUAAGAACCAUAAGAAGGGCGAGCAUUUGCCCAUCAACAGUUACCACCAGAACAGGAGACUGAGCAGCCAAGACAGGUCACGUCAUCACAGUCUUUCCCGCUGUGUAAGGCGCUUCUGUUUCAAUUAUAGUAAUUUCUAAAUGUGCACCUGAACAUAUAAAUUAGCAUAAGCCUAUUUUAUACAAAUCCGUAUAAUGUUUUGUCCUUUUAUUGGGUGGGGGGUGCAUUUCUAUUUGUUGGGAAUACAUAGGUGGUCAGUCUAUAUCAGGUAUUUUGCUGAGCAAGCCAGUAUCAAACUAGGCUGCUCUCCUAUGGUACCACUUCCUGACCAGUCAAAAAGAUACCGGACUCCACCUACUGACCUCUCAGAAUCCCCCUACUGACCAGAUAUUGUCUGAAAAAUUCCAGGCAUAUAACCCCAAUAAGAAGGUUGAGAAAAGUGGCUGUUUGCAGACAGUUGCGCUUUGAGUCAAGAAAAUAUAGCAAUCUGUGCCACGUUUAGUAAAUAUCUGUUUCAAGGCUUUCAAGCACUGUAUGUUACACCUCAGUUAUCUUGCUAAUUUGUUUGUGUGUGGUGGUGGUGGAAUGGGAAAAUUAGAUGGUUAUAAAUUUUUGCAAAAUAAUGAUGAUAAGACCAUCUGCUCCGGGGACAGUUCCUAUUUCUUGUUAUCCAUUUCUGGUAAACUCCUGCCCUUCCUGUGUCCCUCUUUCCCUUUUAUGGAUGCCUCACUAACAAUUUGUUAGUCCAAGCAUAUUGCUAGAGAGGUCAUGCUUCAGGAUUCAAGUCGCUCCACUGGGCCUCCUUAGAAGUAGUGUUGAAAAAUAGGGUGUUAAGGAUGGUGGAGAAGAGUGCAUGGGGUCUCUACUCCAUUUGCUUAUAAACUCCCAUCAGCCCAGCCAAGCAUGAUCAGGGAUGAUGGGAGAUGUAGUCAAGCAGGUCCCCCAGCCCUGGUAUAUAGGAAUGUAGGCACAGUUACUUUAUAUAUUUCAGAAAAAGCAUGAAAAGCAGAAGGGGGAACAACAUUCCCCACUCCUAUGAAUGUUUAGAUUGAUCUGUAGGGCACUGGUAGACUCUUUAGUAUGCUGGUGUUGUAUGUGGACCAUGGCCAUACAAUCUCAUUAUUCUAUAGUACAAUAUUGUGGUUGUUGAUUAUGAUGUUGUUGCUUUUUUGUGACAGUACUCACUGGUCCAAAGUACCAUCGCCUCUUUUUUUUGCUGCCAAUUGCAGCCAUUUUGUACUGGCACCCACUAUUUUUUUUAAUCAAAAUAUGUGCACUGGUACUUCAGUUUUUACAAAGACAAAACCUCUUCUGAUUCUGCUUCCACAUAUAUUAUCUCAGUAUUCCUCACACCAAGCCUGUCAGUAUUAUUAGUCUUAAAUAGCAGGUAGGUUGUGAGUAUGGCUGAGAGACAGUGGAUGCCCAUGGGCCACCUACUGAGGUAAUGGCAAACUUUAAACAAGGGAUUUCCCAGGUUUGCAUCUCAGCCUCCUUGCCACCAUACUUUUACCCUAGCUCUACUGCACUGUAACCCCACUGUUAUCUGUUACAGGCUUUUAUGAGGAGGAGCAUCCUGUGAGCACUAUAGACCAUAAAGUAGCUAAGAUGGAAGAAAGAAAGAUGGAGGAACCCCAGACUGAAGAAGUCUACAGCACUAAUGAGGUGGUGGUGGAGGAGGAACAGGAAGAGGUGGAGCUGAGUGAACCCAAGGAGCCAAUGAAAAAGGAAACGCAACUAGAAGAAAAUGAAACCAUGGUAGAGGAAGACUUCGAUGGCACUGAAGAAAUAAUGCAGAAGGAAAGCAAUGAGGAUAAACAUAAAAAGAGGCUGGAGAGCGGCAGCAAGGAUUUCCUUUCUGCCAGUGCCAGCUGUAACUCUCAGACUGAGAAACCUGCUGAGCAGCCGAGCUUGGUGAAGAAAAAUGAUAUCUCCAGGCACAGUUACUCUCGAUACAAUACAAUAUCUUACCGGAAGAUCCGGAAAGGAAACACUAAACAGAGAAUUGAUGAAUUUGAGUCCAUGAUGCAUUCAUAAAACUGAGGCAGAGGAUUUGAUGGGCAUGCUGCGAUUCUCCUCCCCUCCCCAAUGCCAGACAUUUAUCCACCUGUAAUAUCAAGUUAUCAAAAUAUAUUUUGCAGCUUCAAUCCAACCUAAGCUUACCUGUAAUCUAAGGCUACAACCCUAUACACCCUUUCUGUUUGGGAACAAGCUCUAUUGAUCACAUUUACUUCCAGAUAGAUAUGCAGAGGAUGGGACUGCAUGGCUGCAGGUUUAUGCAUUGUUAUCUGGGAGUACUGUCUGUUGGACUAUUAGGGGACUUGCUUCUGAGUACAUAGCAUGUGGAUACGCUUGGGCUGGAAGUCUCAUUGAAACUAACAGAACAAGUUAGUCAUGACUAACUUCACUCCUACUGCUUUUGGUGGGACUGAUGCAUGUCUGCUCAAAAGUAAGUCCCAUUGAGUUCAACUGGACUUAAUCCCGCAAGUGUUUCUAGGAUUGCAGUCAUAAAUUACAACUAACUUUCAUUGGAUUGGCGCUAGUAUGUGCAAUUUGUCUGCACCUCAGAAAUGUAACCACAACAAUACAUGUACUAACUUAAAUCAGCAGUGUAAUAACUUUAACAUAGCUCAGUUGAAAAAGGUAUUUUAGAGAUAGUUUCCCAUCCCCCCUAUCCAUUUUUUGGUACUGAAAUGGAAGAAACAGCUAGGGGACGCUAACCUUUGGCAGCCAGCAGGCACAUUUUGAACACUGAAAGAGUGUUGCGGGCACCAGUCAUAAAAUGGCUGCCAUGGGGUAAUGGCAUAACACAAAACUGCUGCUAUGAGGGCAUGUCUUCCACAUCUAAAAGAGAAGAAAACAGACAGGACCACAAAAUGGUGUGAGCUUCUCCUCACAGCUGUGGGGUGGGGAAGGCACAUCAGCCACUGUCACAGAGAGAAGCUCUUGGCAUUUCUCCUCAGUUCUGAACAGAUGGGAAGAUGGGUGUCAAAUCCUGGCAUCCAGUGAAAUGUGGAAACAUGUUUAAGAGGCUGUGUUCAAUGUGAGCCAGUGCAAACAGGAACUGAGCCGGGAGAAGAAACAUUUUUGAGGGGAUAUUUAUUAAGACGUUUUUGUGGGUGCCAUAGGACACACUGCCACAACAUGGGCAUAACAUUGGUGACCUUUUAGAUAGUCCUGGACUAAUUUGUAAUCUCUUUAAAGCACACACACAGAAUAAUCAAGAUAUUUCUCCAUUUUGGUGAUUUCCUGACAAAUAGAGUAGACUUGAAGAUACCUUUAGAAGAAUAAAGUUAUAACUCGUUGCAAUUGCUAUGAUCUCUGUUUUUAAAGGGUUCUGUGAGCAUGAACUACACCACCUUUGGAACCCACUUCCUGUCUGUUUUCCUAUCCUAUCAUUCUGUGUUGAGAGAAAAUAACUGCAUACAUUUGCACCAGCUAGUUGUAUUAGUCUUUCAUUAUGGGCAUUGACAAAAUGAGUCCAGGAGCUACUUUAAAACUAAGGUGGCAAUACUUUUCACAUUUUCUUGGGAGAAAACCCCACUGAACAUGGUGAAUCCUCUGGAGAGCUUUGGUAGCCGGUGUUGGAACUGUUAGCAACAUCUGCAUUGUUAAUAAAAAGGCUGAAACACUGUUUUACAUUUCAAAAACUUGAAAUCCAGACUAGAACCAGAUUUACUCAUCUCACAAAUAAAUAACUGUAUGCCCACAAUUCUCACAAAACUAGUUCUCACAAUUUUGUCUGUCAAAUAUUGUCCCAUCACAUUCCAGUCAGCAACUGAGAACAUCAACACUGCAUACUAGUAUCAAUUAAUAUACAGACUGAAUGUUAACAUCAUGUUUGUAAAUGACUACAGUAUUAAAAUAUAUGUACUUCAGUUGUUAACAUUCUUUGGUUGAUAUAUUGUUAUAACUUUUUUUUAAAAAACCACAUUGGGUAUAAACUGUGUGUGUGUGUGUGUGUGUGUGUGUGUGUUUGAGUGAGAGAUUGUGCGAUGCAAAAUGAGAAUAGGUUUGCCUUCCUUUUUCUUCCUCCUCCAAUCUGUAUAUUUUAGCUAGUAUAAUGAAAGGCAACUGAAAACCCUUUAAAAUCCCACUGAAGUUCAUUUCCAACCAGUAAAACAGGGAGAAAAUUUGCAUAUCCAAAUUGUUGCAGAUGAUACUGUUUAAUGAACCAGCUCUUGUUAGUGCAGAUAGCAACUUUUCCAGUAGCAACAGAGUUCCUCAAUAAGAAGGGGAAAAUUAAUAGAAUUGGCACAAAUAAAAGGGCUUUCAUGUUUAACAGAUGGCCUGAAUAAUAAAAAAAAAAGAGUCCAUUCCUGAGAAAUGUUAAGUGGGGAACUAACCUUAAGGGAAGCACCUCAGGUGAAUAAACAGGCUGAGGUGAAAUUGGAGGCUAUUAUAAUGCUUUUGAAGACAGUUCCUCGAUUUCAAAUGCUUUGAGAAACCCAGAAUUAUGAUACUUUUAGUUUCCACAUUCAUCUUCUGAAACAGAUUCUCUUAUCAGAUUCACACGACCAUUCUGACAGGGAGGUAGCCAUUGUGAGGUGACUUUUUGGUGAGGUGACCAAGAACAGGAAUUAAAAUGUUCUGUGUGGGUGGUUUUAUGGCAAGUCUGGGGAGCGCCAAGCAAGGAAUCGAAACUGAGAGCAACAGGCAUUUUUAACAUCAUUGUUAAGAAUUGCAUGGUUCAAAUAAAGUUCCUUGUUAAAUACUUGAGUUUCCUGUUCAUUACUUUUCAGAUAUAUAAAAUCAGUGACCAUUGGUAUGAUUCAACUGUUGGUUUCUGUUUUCCUUCACUGUGCAGCAACUGCAGUCACAAGACAGGUGUUUACAUUCCACAGUCUGUACUGUUGGGUUUCUCACGGGAAAGGGAGACUGGAUGUGACGUACACUGGUUUCCUGUUUUUACACUGUGUGAUUCUCUCCAAGCUGUCGAGGAGAGAGGAUGCAUUUUUCUGCUCUUGCAGAGGCAAGAUGUCUUUCUGUAAUAUACCAGCUUUGAACUGUAAAUAAAGCAAUAAAGGAGUAUGCAACACAUUUUCCUCAUCCUUCCGCUGGGCACCAAGA